GGCCCGAAAAGGCGUCCAUGUAGUCGCGGCUCGGGCGGCCGACGGCCCGGCCUCCCUGGACAGCGCCCCCGCCCCCGGGGCCUACCUGGUUGCCACGGCAACGGCGCGGCCUCGCCCUCCCCAGCGAGCCACACAAGACUACAAGUUUUUUUAAAAAAACCAAAUCCGACUUAACAGCAGCUCUGCAAACAUGAAACCGCUCGCACACCUUGGCAACGAACCUCCGUCACGCAUGCGCACGCUCUCGCCUUCUUCCCUUAACCUCUCCUUUUCGGCUUCUUGCCCAUCCUUGAGCAUGUCCAAUGGAGACGAAGCUUGUUCAAGAGCGGGCUAGCGUGAGGGGUAGCCUGUCCAAUGGGAAGAGGCCAUGGUUUUGUUGUUAUGCAGGAAGUUGGGGGGCGACGUCGGUGGAAAGGAGGAGGAACAGCAAAGGCUUGGCUAUGUACUUGGGGACGCCCGUAGCUGGUUGAGAGUUGUGACUCCCUCCCCUCUCGAGAUGAACUCCCUGGAGCAGGCGGAAGAUCUCAAGGCUUUUGAGAGAAGGCUUACAGAAUACAUAGCCUGUUUGCAACCAGCUACAGGACGUUGGAGAAUAAUUCUUAUAGUGGUAUCAGUCUGUACAGCAACUGGUGCCUGGAACUGGCUAAUAGAUCCAGAAACACAGAAGGUAUCCUUUUUCACAUCUUUAUGGAACCAUCCAUUCUUCACAAUUAGCUGUAUUACUCUGAUAGGCUUAUUUUUUGCUGGAAUACAUAAAAGAGUGGUGGCGCCCUCAAUAAUAGCGGCCCGAUGUCGAACGGUCUUGGCUGAAUACAACAUGUCUUGUGAUGAUACUGGAAAGCUCAUAUUAAAGCCUCGGCUUCACGUCCAAUGACCUGUUACCUUCCUUCAGUUCUGUCUGCUAUCCUGGAAACUUUCAAGAAAAGACUUUUCUUGAAGAUAAUGAGGCCAAAUAGGACUGCAUGGUGUUAAGUUGUGUACAGAGUGUCUUAACGGUUGACAGAUGAUGCAUUCAACAUCUGGUAUAUUUAUUCAGACUCUCCUUGCCUUUUCUUUGGUUUUCUGUGCUUUCAGUUUCAGUUUCUUCCCUAGCAGUAUUAAUGUCUAUCUUUUGGGGUUUCAUCUUCAGGAUCAGCACUGACCAGGUGCUUCCUUCAUGCAGAAAAAGAACCAAAAAAUGCUUGUUUUUAUACUGUAAACUCCUGUAAAUAGAAAGCAAAUGCCAAUAUUAAGAAGGAAAAGCAAAAGGAUACACAUGGUAUGGAUUUGUUCUUAGAAACCAGUAUUUGAAGAGAGACUUAAAUUUGCCAUUCACACAGAUUUUUACCAAUACACUUAUUCAUUCAAGCAGCUGUUGUUUUCUUUCCCCCAAAAUCUGUGUAAAAACCGUUUCCCCCUUUUUGCAUAUGUUAAUUUAACUUUUGGCCCAUAAGAUACAGUACUUCAAGUUCCUGCAUGAGUUAUAGUUUGAUAUUUUCAGCAAUGUUACUAGGUGUAUUUUUUAAAAAUAUUUUAAACUUGUUAAGUAUGCUAGUGUAUAAGAACGAUGUAUUGGAUCUGAAAUUUACACUGAUAGUCUUGCCAUGAAAUGAGUAUUGCUUUACUUCAGAUUCAAAUUACUUGAUGACUUAGGGAAAAAGUGCCACAAAUUUAACAAUUCUAGGCUGGAUUCAGACAGUUGUUUUUAGUUUCACUUUGGCCCAGGGCAGAAGUAAUCUGACUGAUUUGCCUAACCAUGGUUAGGCAGUUGAGAGUGGCCUGCUACCCCACAUGCUUGUUCCCACCCCUUCCUUUCAGAUUUGGCGCCAACUAUAAAUUGGAUUAGUGAAAAUACCAGUGCAAACUAACCAUAAUUAGCAGCAAGCUACAGUUUGUAAAAUGUGCUCCUAAACGUGGUUGCAAACCAUGGCUUGCUGCAACCGUGGUUGGUGAAGAGGUCAGCAUCAGCACAGCACUAACCAUAGCUAGCUCCAAAACUGAAAGGGAAGUAGGACUGUGUGAGCUUGAAGAGGUCUCCCAGUUGCCUAACAGUGGUUAGAUGAUCAGAUGACAUUUGCAUUGGGCCUGUAAGGCUCUUCCACUGCUGCCCCCAUGACACAGAACUUGGUCAUUUGAAGGAUUUUUAAGACUUGGCAAGUCUUAAAAAUCACAGUAGGUAUGGAGUCAAAUCCAUGAUCCUUUAGUGACCAGCUCCCACAUGGAGCCUGCCUCACUAUGGGGUGGCUGAAAGCAAUCAAUUUGUUCAGAGACAAACACAACCAUCUGAAUCUAUUUUUAUUACAUAAGUGUUAAAAACAGAAGUUGUGGCUGCUACACACACACAGUAUGACUUUUGAAACAGUAGCAAAGAGCAAUUUAGUUUUUUAACCCUCCUUGUGCCUUUUUUAAAAAUCCCCAUCUCAAGCUAUUUUAAGAGUGUAUAAAACUGGAAGAGCACAAUGCAUCUGAAUGCAUAGGAAUAGCAGACUCCAAGUAGAACUUGGUAGCAAGGUUACCUCUUGUAUCUGAAACCAAAAGGACACACACGCUACUGUUCAGUUUGGUCACAGCAAUAAAAAUCUGUGCUCUCAAAGUUUUUGUACGACCUCCUUACUCCACCUCUUGUUCUUAAACUGCUGUAAAUUUUGUAGUAAAUGUGUAUAAAAAAUAAACACUUUAUUUAUAA